GUUGUCUGGCAGCGUCCAGCGGCAGACUGUGGACUCUCAGUAAACACUGGUAGUUAGUCAUUAACACACCAGAAACAGAGCGAAGCAUCGUCUUCGUCCUCGGCGUCCGUUCUUCAUACCUCCUCCAGAGCUCAGCGUUUUUAUCCUGCUUUGAUCAGGUUGACUGAGGUCAUGUCCCGCCUCGUCCUGUAUGGCUGCUUCAUCGUCGCUCUGUGGUCGGCGUCAGUCAUCAGCAUGUCAGUGUUCUCGGACCCUCCGAGGGCUCACAUGCUGCUGCGAUCCCGCCGGGCGAACUCCUUCCUGGAGGAGCUGAAACCCGCCUCCAUGGAGCGCGAGUGUGUCGAGGAAAAGUGUGACUUCGAAGAGGCCAGAGAGAUUUUCCAGACCAGAGAAGCUACAUUGGAGUUCUGGACCGUGUACACAGAUGGGAACCAGUGUCAGUCCAACAUGUGUGUUCAUGGAUCCUGCGUGGAUUUGUACCAAGCCUACGCCUGCCGCUGUAACCAAGGUUACGAGGGCAGAUUCUGCAACCAGCUUCAAACAGCUACUAACUGCUCGGUGGAUAACGGCGGCUGCGACCACGACUGUUUCGAGAACGACGGCCAGACGAGGAGCUGCGGGUGUCUGACUGGAUACAAGCUGGAAAACGAUUACAAGAAAUGUGUCCCGAAAGGUUCAUCGUCCUGCGGUCAGCUGCUGAUCAGCCAGACGUCCUACACCCAGCCAAAGGAGGGUCCACAGCCCUGGAUGGUCGGAGGGGAGGUGGGCAAGAAGGGCGAAAGUCCCUGGCAGGUGCUGCUACUGAACGCUAGAGGGCGUUUUCACUGCGGAGGCGUCCUCAUUGACGAGAGCUGGGUCCUGACAGCUGCCCACUGCCUCGAAAACAACCUGAGGUUCAGAGUGCGACUGGGUGACUAUGAGCGUCUCAGAGACGAAGGUACUGAGGUGACACUGAGGGUCACCAAGACCUUCAAACAUCCGAACUACGAGAGUCGGACUGUGGACAACGACAUCGCCCUGCUGCGUCUGGAGACCCCCGCCCCCUUCUCAGAAUACAUCAUCCCUGUUUGCCUGCCAAGUCGUGAGAUGGCUGAACGGGUGCUUCACCUCAACGGCACCAUCACUGUGGUGACCGGCUGGGGCAAAGAAGACCUGGACAGCAGUCGCUACAGCUCAGCGCUAAACGUCAUCAAAGUGCCACUAGUCAGCCACAGCAUCUGCGCCCGCCAGAUGUUUCCCCACAACAUCUCAGACAACGUCCUCUGUGCCGGGAUCCUUGGGCAGAGGAUGGAUGCCUGCGAGGGGGACAGCGGUGGGCCGAUGGUCACUCUGUACCAGAACACCUGGUUCCUAGUUGGACUGGUUUCCUGGGGAGACGGCUGCGGAAAGGAGGACAAACUGGGCAUCUACACCAAGGUGUCCAACUACAACGAUUGGAUCAGCAAAGUGCGUGAAGAGUGGGACAAAGCCCAUCACCCACAACAACCCCCAAGUGUCUGAACCUGCUCCAACCCCAUUUACUGAUCCAGUCUGGUCUGGUAGACCCUCAGAGAGGCCUGAGUACAUUAGAGAUGUAACACACUUUGGUAAAUAAACUGGUUAACUGUGAA